AUGUUCCCAAGUAUGAAUGUUUGUUACACCACUGAUUUUCUUAAAUUAUUUCACACACAGGAGCCACUAUCUGAUCAGAUGUCUUGUUCUAUGGGUCAUCUUGUUAGUAAUGAUGAUGAAAUACAUCCGGAGAAAUUCCCGUCGAUUUCCUCAACUAAGGUUCUUACUCCUAUUGAAGGUUCAAAUGAAACUUUUCGUCAAAGGCAAUCAGACGUUUUUUCUGCACUAGCUAGCCUAGAAGCAGCUCAUCUUGAAGUGUACAAGGCUACAAAAGAAGAACGUAAAGCUGUGCGUAAAGCAGCUUGGCGCCAUACAAUUACUGCCCCAGAAAAUUUAGCAGAGUUGAAAGAACGUCGCGAUCAUGUUCAAACAGCUAGUGGUAAAGAGCAUGGAACAUGUCAGACACAAAAUCCAACUUUUCGAAAACCUAACGCCCUCCCACCAUCAACACAUCGCCGACCAAACUAUGUACAUCGAGAUCCUAGUAAAUGGACACAUUAUAGUUUAGCUGAUGUUAAUGAAGAUCCUGAUGUUAGUAAUAACUCACUCGCUAUGGCUUUAAUAAAUGAACUCCGACAAUCUCGAGACAGCACAGAAACUGUACAAAAUGAUGAGGUCGGCUCAACAAACCCACGUCAUAACAAUCGAAUAUUGUUUCGUCCAACACGAGGUAGAAAACGGGCUCGUCUCACUGAAGAAAAUCUACAAAAACCCGAAGUGCAUCUAGAGAGUUGUUUUUACACGCCAGAUACAGAUGAACUACAAAGUUCCACCGAUGAUUCAGUACCUUCGUCUAAUCGUAGUGAAAGUUCGUGCGCUCCUGUGGCAGUCUUUGUGAAUCGACGGCACAAAGGUCAGAUACGUAAUCGACAAUUAGAUAACCCAGCAGAUAGUGAUCACCAGUCAUUUGAUGAUCAACCGGUAAAUACUGUUGUAGUUAACUCAGAUUAUGAUGAUAAAAUUGAUCAAGACCUUGAUAUGGAUUCUGAUGAGUUAGAAGAAGAUCCGGAAGAAGAUAAGACAAAUGACUACUUAGCUUAA